GCCGCCCCUCUUCCUCCCCUCACACACACAAGAAGAGCUCACACGGAUCGUCGGAGCUAGCCGGCGGAGAGGAGGAGCAGAGCGCCACCAGCCGUCCAACCGUGGUGGUGGUGCGUUCCGGAGAGGUUCGAUCCGGAAUGGCUCUCGCUCUCUCCGCAGGCUCCGCUGCGCGCGCGGUCGCGGCGAGGGUGGUGGUGGCCAGGGGCUACGCGGCGUCGGCGGCGUCCGGGGCGAUGAUGAGGCGCGCCGCGGCGGCGGCGGCGGCGGAGGGUACGGGCGCCGGGAUGCAGGGGAAGGAAGGGCCGGCCGCCGCGGCGGCGGCGAUGGCGCGGGGGGAGGUGUCGUGGGUGCCCGACCCGGUGACGGGCCACUACCGCCCCUCCAAUUGGGCCGGCGGCGUCGACGCCGCCGACCUCCGCGCCGCCCACCUCGCCCGCAGCUACGCCCGCGCGUGAGCGCGAGCGGCGCUUCAGUCGCCGUCUCCGGCCGGCGACGCCCAUCUAUACCCUGGCGCCCCCCCGCCUCUCGAUCGCUCGGACGCCGGC